AUGCGAGCCGCAGCGGGGCACGUGAAUCCAGGGGAGAGCUCUAAUCCGCCUGAUGAGCCGCACUACGCCGAGGCGGCCCCUCGCGCACCGCCCCCAAGCGCUGGCCGCGGAGGGGCCGGCGCCGCCGCCGACGCCGCCGCUGCGGGCGCGAAUUCGGCAGCAGCGGCGCCGGCGCGGCGCGGCGGCGGCGGGGCCGGAGGCGAGCGGGACGAUCACGGAGGGUUCGAUGCGGACGGGGAAGAUGAGCUGCAGGGUCCAUAUGAGACUGAGGUUGACGAGGACGAGGAGGACGAGGAAGACAGCGAUGAUUUGGCCCUGGAUCUCGACCUCGGCCUCUUCCACAGCCAGAUCGACGAAGCCAUUCGCGGCACGCAGCGCGCCGCCGCGCCUGCGGGGCCGGCCGCCGCGCGCGCGUUCCCGUGCGGGCGGCGAGGGCGGCGGCGGCGGCGCCGCAGCCGCGGCCUGGGCUGGGGGUCGGGCAGCGAUGAGGGCGCCUCUGAGGAUAUUGGGGGCAGCGAGGGGGAGACAGACAGCAGCGACGGCGGCAGCGGCAGCAGCAGCAGCAGCUUGGGUCUGUCUGAUCUUGACUCAGACGAGGAGGUCGCCGCGGCGCUGGGGGCGCGGCGCCAUGGCCACGCGGGCGGCGUCGGCAGCGCCGUCGCCUGGCCACGCGGCCUUGGCCCGAUGGGCGGCGCCGGGCGCCGCGGCGGCCGCGGGGCGCGCGGCGCGGGGGGCGGCGGCAGCGACAGCGGCGGCGAGUCCGGGGGCCACACCGGCGCCCCAAACCCGCUGCGGUCGCGCCACUGGGUCGGCACCUUCAACACCGGCGGCACGGCCGCGCCCGCGCCCGCGCCCGGCCCCGCCCCGGUGCUCUCUGAGCCGGGCGCGAGCGGCGCGGAGGGCGCGGGCGAGGCGGUGCCGGCCGGGGACCCGGGCCUGCAGAUGGGCGCGUUUGCGCUGCGCUUCCUGCCGCCCAACUCGGAGGCGCGGGAAGUCGCGGAGAAGCUGCCCUUCCUGCAGAAGAUGCUGGACGGCCAGCUGGGCAGGCGCAUCCGCACCACACAUGCCUGCGUGCAGGCCCUGGAGCGGCGCCCAGACAGCCAGCUGGCGGCGGGGCUGGAGGAGUUCAAGGCAAAAACGCAGGCGCUCGCCCAGCUCGACGCCUCGUCCCGCGAGGCGAGCGCCCGCAUCCAGCAGGCGGCGGCAGAGCUGACGCCCCACGAGUGGAGGGCCGUAGCCGUGGCGGUCGGCCGCGGCCGCACGGGGCCGGAGUGCAAGGAGCAUUGGUUGGCGGCGCGGAGUGAGGGCGCGACGCGGCCCUGGGGCCCGCAGGAGAGGCAGCUGCUCAUGCAACUCGUGCAGCAGCACGGCCGCAACGGCCAGUGGGAGGCGAUUGCCGCGGCCCUCGGCACCGGCCGCCCCGCCAGCGCCUGCCUGCGCUUCUUCGCCACGCAGCUCGGCGGCGCGGCGGCCGCGGCGGCCGCGGCGGCGGCGGCGCCUGUGUUCACCCCUCAGAUGGACGAUGAGCUGCGGCGGUUGGUGGAGGCAGUCGGGCCGAGGUGGCGGCUGAUCGGCCAGAGGAUGGGCUUGAGAGCAAAGCAGGUGGGCGGCAGGUGCAAGAGGAGACCCUGCUGUGGACGGCCUGCAGGGGUGGGCCGCUGCUCUGCGCUCGGGAGGCGGGGCCGGCCCUAG